AUGGGACUUUCGUUAUCGAGUUCAGCUGGCUCGUCUGCACCCGCCCCAGUCUACUCGGGCAUUGACAAACUCACUGCGAUUCUCGAAGAUGUAGACGACGGGUCAGGGACAUCGCCAAUCAGCCAAAUCGCCAUCUGGAAGGACACUCUGUCGACCUUCACGGAGGGCCUGCGAGGUCUCCCAGUUCCAGACAAAUGUCACGUCGUCGCAAUGCACAUAUGCAAAGAGACAAUCCUCGUGCCCUACCACGAAAUGCUGCUCUUCGAAAUCGCUACCGAGGAACAUCAGAAAUACUUCCUUCGAGUCGACCGUUUCGUUUCGAACCCGAACAUGACUAUGUUCACCGCAUCAUCUAAUGCAAAUCUUAUCGAAAAGAAGGGCGUGUGUUUAGCUGAACACCAGGCCCAGGUUGCGCGCCGUGCCGAGUCAAUAGUUGGGCCCGACUUUCAGAAAGCUUGGUCGGCAUUCUUUAAGCCUAACCCUGCUUCCUUCCGCCGACUCCUUGACCUUUUGGCACUGGUUACUGAGGAAGAAUACGGGGACUAUAACCUGUGGGAUCGUAGUUGCUACUGGUUCUCCUCCGUCGUAUAUCGCACAUUCCGCAUGGACUUUCAAGCCAGCGAGGAAAUACAAGGGCCGGCGUACCCUAAUCUCGGCAAGUUCGCAAGGAGGGGAAAUGGUGUCGACCACCUCUCUGUCUAUUUGAAUGACCAUGGGAAACUCUACGACGCUUGGCAAGCCAACAAAUCAGCAUGGACGCCCAUAGCUCGAUUUCUGUGCAGAGAGAAGGGCAAAGGUGUUUUAAAGUACGACACUACACGCAAUGCCUUCAUCAUAGCCACCAGGACUGGGCUCGACUUUGUCAUAUUUAGCGGAGAAGGAUUGUCGGGAGACGACCGCCCCGGGCAUAUUGCCAAAGGGCCCUACUCCGCUGAUCUGAACGGCCGGUUGAUCAACAUUACUUGUCAUGGUUCGUCGCCAGUGGAUCUGCGGUUCAAGACUCGAGAUGACGCCAAAGUGAUAUUCACGGCCAUGCGGUGUCUAAUGAACGACGAGCCCUUCGCUAUUCAUCCUACUAAAAUCCUGGUGGAUCGACGUCAUUCCAGCAUGCUUAUCUCCCAAUCACCCUCUUGCCCCGGAUACCUCGAGUUCUCGGUCCGUCCCAAAUCUUUCUUCACUAACGCGUAUCAUUCAAACGCUAGCCCUCGCCAGAGUCAUGCUCUUCCCAGGCACCCUAACCUCAGAUUCUUCAAACCCCUCGACCUUAAGGCACUGCUAUUAGACAAGAUUACUCCCGGAAACGUCGAGUCCUACCAACCUUUGUCACUCGUUUGGCGGGAUGCCCAAAAAUCGUUAGUAUGGAAGAGGGAGUUCGUCUUGCAAACAUCUGAAGGAACCCCGGACGAUUCUUGGACAAGCUACUGGGAAGCCUACUUUUCGAACAAGAGAAAGGGAUGA